AUGACGAGCCACGGCGAUGGGGUCAAUCCCCUGCGACCCUACUACAUCCGGCCCUCCAUCGGCGAGCGCGCAGAGCCCGCCGCACCCGGGCCAAAGGCCUUUUCAUCGGCCUCGGCGCGCAACGCGACCACCACCUCGUCGGCGGCUGUCGCCACGACCCCGUCUCGCUACGCCAGCAAGGCGCGCGACAUGUUUGGCGACCUCGACUACAACGGCUACAUGGACGAGGAUGCGCCGAGCAUGGCCCGCAGCGCCAAGGAGCUGCUCGACGACCUCGUCUGGAAGUACACCUCGGUGCUCAUGGCGCAGCCGUUCGAGGUGGCCAAGACGAUCCUGCAGGCCCGCAACCAAGACGAGAAUGCAUUGCUGUCGGCGUCGGAGGAAAAUGUUUUCGCAAGGUCCUUUUCGAGCCAGGGUCUGGGAAUAUAUGAGCACGACUCCGACUCGGAAGGCGACGAAUCGACAUUCUUUACAUACAACGGUCCCGAUACGCCCGCAAGCACAAUGCGAGGAGGCAGCCUGACGGAGCGCCGCGCCUCCCCGCUCACAUCUCCGAAGCCCGUCAAGCGCCAGCAGUCGGUCGUCCCGGAGCACUACAUUCCGCUGCGCCGGCCCGAUUCCGUCACCGAGGUCAUCGGCCACCUGUGGCAAAAGGACGGCGCCUUUGGCGUCUGGAAAGCCACCAACGCCACGUUUCUCUACACGGUGCUGCACUCGCUGCUGGAGAACUGGUCCCGCAGCUUCCUGAGCGCCAUCUUCAACGUCCCGGACCUGGGCCUCAAGGACGAUAUUGACCGCAUCAUUGACAUUGCGACGCCGUACCCGUGGGCCUCGCUGUUCGUCGCGGCCACCGCAGCCGUCGUCACCGGACUCGUGCUCGCGCCGCUGGACCUGGUGCGGACGAGGCUCAUCAUGACGCCCAGCACAAAGGGCUCCCGCCGGACCCUGGCCACGCUGCGCGCGCUGCCGUCCUACUUUGUCGACUCGAUGCUCGCCGUCCCCACGAUCCUCAACUCUCUCAUCCACCCGCUCAUCACCCUGUCGACGCCUCUGCUUCUGCGCACCAAGUUCCUGCUCGACAACCAGGCCUCGCCCAUGACCUUUUCCGCCGCCAAGUUCCUCGCCUCGACCACGGCCAUCCUGAUCAAGCUGCCGCUCGAGACGGUCCUCCGCCGCGGCCAGAUGGCGGUGCUGUCGACCCCGGCCUACGUCCGCGCGCUCGCCGGCAAGGACCUCCGCAUGGACACGAUUGUCCCCGUCGGCCCGUACCGCGGCGUCCUCGGCACCAUGUACCACAUCACCUCGGCCGAGGGCUUCCGGACGACCACGGAGCUGCAGCCGCCGGCCAAGGGCAACCGCAAGGCCAGCAAAGCCCGACCGCAGACGCCGGUCAUCAAGAAGGGCCAAGGCCUCGAUGGCCUGUGGCGCGGCUGGAAGGUGAACUGGUGGGGUCUCGUUGGUCUGUGGGCGGCCAACGUUGUCGGAAACGGGGGCGACGGAGAGUUUUAA